AUGUCGCAAAACAGUUUCAUGGACAAAUUACGAAUAUUUUUUGGCAUAAAACAGGAUCCGCCUAGAAAUGAUUUUAGAAACCCAAUUUGGAGUUCCGACGACGAAGAUGACGGUGAUGAACUAUACACCAGACACGAAAUGAAAGAGUUCAAUGAUGCUAUGGACAUUCACCGAGAGUUCUCUAGACAGAUGCAUGAAAUAUUCCAAACCUUCGGCGCUAUGUUUGGUGACAUUAGGACCUUCUCUAACGAAAAUCCCUUCGAUUCUUUCACGACCAUCAACCCUCUCCCGCCGGAGCAAGGUGAAGGUGGACAAGAACAUGUCCCUGAAGGUAACAUACGGGACUAUUAUCUGAAGCCUGGCUACCACAAGCGCCCGCAAGAGCAGUUGAAAGAAGACAUAGAUUUAGAUGGAAAAGUAUCAUCAAAUGAAAUAUCUGGAUUGCUCAAAUCAAAGAAAGACAAACCAAUCGUUCCCGUCACACCAUUCAAUGGAGAUUUAGUACCAGGUCGGUCAUUCUGUCAGACCAUCAUCACUACUAGUGUAACUAAGCCAGAUGGAUCGGUUGAGACCAGGCGGAUAGUGAAACGAGGCAAUGAAGUUGUUGAAGAGACAGUCACAUCCACUUCCACAGGAACAGACACACGACUGUCACCUAUCAACCCAGGUUUGGAUAACUUGUCAACUCCUGGUCAUAUUUACAACAAUGUUCUAUCUGAACUUUCUUCACUAUUUAGACAUUUUUACUAA